ACUAAGUCUAAGUUCUUUAAAAGUAUAGAUGUUAAUUGUGUGUAGCAUUGAUAAAGUGUAGUGUGUGAUUACUUUUCUAUAAAUAACCAUUAAAUACAGAGUUAAAUGUUUUUUAUGUUGCAGGUCAUGCAUUCACAAAGACCACGAGAAACUCCCCUGAAACCUUGGCUAAUAGCAGAGAAAACUGGAAAAAUUCUGUGUGGCCACUGUGACUGUGUAGCCGGAAUAGGAGAAACAUGUACGCAUAUAAGUGCUCUGUUGUUUUAUAUAGACACCAAAGUGCGCAUCAGAGAUUCCCAGACAGUAACGCAGGAGGCAGCAUACUGGAAAAUCCCUUCAAGUGUAAAAGAAGUGACAUAUUUACCAGUAGGGGAAAUUGACUUUACAUCUGCUAAGUCUAAAAAGAAAAUUUUAGAUGCCCUUGUAAAUCACAGUAUUAAUUUGACACCUGGAAAAAGACAAGUGAAACACGCGCCUCCUCCAUCAACUGAAGAUUUGGCGGACUUCUUCCAGAAACUCAGUGUAUCCGGAUCAAAGGCAGCUGUCCUGAGUGUUCUUCCAGAGCACUGCAUGGCAUUCAAACCUGUUUUAUUAGCUGACAAGUUUCCCCUAAUUUUAACUGACUUGUUUGAACAGGACGCUGUUAAACUGUCAUUCAAUGAUUUGUUAAAGAAGUGUGAGAAUAUUCAGGUGACUGUCACAGAAGAGCAAGCGAAGUGUGUAGAGCAAGCUACAAGAACACAGGCUUCCAACAAACUGUGGUUUCGUUUUAGGUCCGGUCGUGUGACAGCUUCCAGAAUGAAGAAUGUUUGUCGCUCAAAUCCAGACCAGCCAUCACAGUCUCUCAUAAAAGCUGUGUGUUAUCCGGAAGCAGGGUCAUUUGCUGUUGCUGCGACAAAGUGGGGCUGCACUCACGAGGAUACUGCAAGAAGAAUGUACAUUGAUAGAAUGCAGGAAUCCCAUCACAGCUUUGAGUUGACCAGUGCUGGAUUUUUCAUCAACCCACAAUUUCCUCACAUCGGUGCAACACCUGACGGGUUAGUGUCAUGUGAUUGUUGUGGCACUGGUGUGGUGGAAAUAAAAUGUCCAUAUUGUGCAAUAACAGCACCUUGUCGACUACACAUCUGA